ACCAAUCAGAAUAGAAAGGCGGAAUGCAUCCUGGGUCUGCUGCAGCUUUUAGAGCUAGUAUCACAGAAGGACAGCAGCAGCGAUGGACGCCUCAGCCCAGAGCGGAGGAACGGGCGGCGGAGGAACGGGCGGCGGCGCAACGGGCGGCAGAGGAACGGGCGGCAGAGGAACGGGCGGCAGAGGAACGGCGAGGAAACCAGCGCCGAAAAGAAAGGAGGGCGGAAAAGCAAGGAAGGCCAAAAAGGCCAGAGUGUCCCGACCCGCAUUCACCAUCCAGCAGGGCGAAGACAUGCUUCUCUACAUAUCCAACACGUCGUCCCAGGCUGAAGGCUCGCUUUGGACUAGCAGGAGGAAAACAGUUUCCAAAGCAAAGUUGCUUAAGAAUCAGAAAAAGAAGAAAAAAACAGUCUGUCCUAAAUCUAGACUGGAAAGGAAAACAGUGAAGGAGGAGGAAGAGGACAGGCUUCCUGAGGAGGACAGGUGGGGGCAGCUUUUACCUGAGGAGGUGCUGGUCAGCAUCUUCCAGAUGCUGGUUGUUCAGGACGGCGCGGUGCCUUUCCUAUGCAGGGUCAGCAGAGUCUGUCGCCUGUGGAACGCCGCCGCUGCCACUCUGACUCUGUGGAGGAAGGUGGCGGUAAAUCACUGCUGGAUCCAACCAGCAAGAGGUCAGACUGAGAAGACCUCAAACAGGAUAAAGGAGACGUUUACCUGGCUGGCUGAAAACAGAUUCUCCCAGCUGCGUGACUUCACUCUGUGUCACUGGGCAACCAGCGUUGACUUCGCUUUACAGACCGUCUCAGAGUUUUGUCCUCAGCUCCGUUCAGUCCACCUGUCUUACUGCAGAGGUGUGACAGGCAGCGGCCUGCGCAGCUUGGGCCUGCGCAGCCGCAGCCUGCAGCGCCUCAACCUGCAGCAUUCAGAGUUCCAGGUGGAGGGACUGGUGGACUUCCUGGAGGAACAUGGGAAGCAGAUCAGGCAGAUGCUCUUCACUCGCAGCCACAGGAAUGACAAAGUCCUGGCAGCAAUCGCUAAAGGAUUUUGUCCUGAUCUGGAGCUGCUGGAAGUCAACAAGAAGCUGGACAGUAAAGACACAGAACUAUCUGUUUGCUUUCAGUCGCUACAGAAGGCCUGUCCCAAACUGAAGAUUUUCCGGAUGUUUAACAUCCAAAUUCAGCACAAGGCGAUGCGUAAAAGAGGCGAGUCGGAAGCCGGAUUCCCGCUGCUGGAUGAGUUUUGUAUCGCCAACACAGAGUAUUCCUACAUGACCGACCAGGUUCUGCUGGACGUUCUGUUCGGCUCCACCAGACUGCGAGUGCUGGACCUACGAGGCUCCACACGGAUCACAACCUUUGGUCUGGCCCAGUUACCAUGUCCAAAGCUUGAGUGUCUGUUCUGGGGUCAGUAUUUUACUAAAAACAUCGGAUUCACGUCAGUGAAGAAGAACCUUCAGCUGCUGAUGGAGAAGUGGGGUCCGACGCUGCAGCAGCUCGACAUCACCAAUCAGCCGUUUACCGAGGCCGACCUGCAGGUGGCGCUGGCGUUCCUCGCUCAGGUUGCUGAAGCCGACACGCUGCUCUCGCUGAACCUCAGCGGCACCAAGAUAACAGCGCAGGCUCUCAGGCCGGUCGUUGAACGCAUGACGGCUCUGGGUUACCUCAACCUUUCAUCGUGUCGCAACCUCCCAAGAGGAGUGAAAAAGAUUUACCGCAGCCAGGAAGAAAUCCAAGAGCUGCUGGCCAACCUGCACUGAGCCCCUUAUUCAGCUGAACAUUUGCUGCUUCGUGCCUUUGGGUGACCAGCGGAGCGAGAGCCGAAUGUGAAACCACAAACUGUUGGUUCGCCAACAACCGGACUCAGAGCUGCAGAACCACCAACCGGGUCACACAGUGACCAGAGGUGGUGAGUCUCAUUGUUUCAUGAUGAACCUGAAGGCAGCAGCAGCUGCUGGGCCAACUCUUCCUCUUCGCUCCUCCUCUUCAUCACCUCUGGUUGUUUCUACCUUCUGAUGGGCCUCAAUGCGCCUGGAGGAGCCAGGCAGUUGGACCUUUACACUCAUUUACCCAGAAUGCAUUGCAGCGCGAACAACAUGGCGACAUUCCUGUGACAAUAUUUUAUUAAAAUUCAUAAAAACUAAAUAA